AUGCAAAAAGCUGAAGCCGAGGCAAUUGCGAAAAUGGAGGCGCUGCUGCAGAGCCAGAAGUCUGAAGCUGAUGAGGUCAAGAGCUUGUCUGAGAAGAGCCGCCCCCCAACGGGUUCUGCCAAAUCGAACAAGUCGGCGAAGUCGACUGCAUCGAGAGCAGGGUAG